CCCUGAGGGUCGGGGUCUGGAGAGGGGGAAAAAAAGGCGGAGAAGAUGCUGUUCCGCUCUGUGCUCCGCAGGAGGGUCCGCGGCUCAGCGCGGGAGCCUCACAGCUACCCUUUGGAGAGUUUGCUGCUGCACUACCGGUGUAUUCGACAAGACGAGCACACUUCGAGUGGUGACUUGGGUGAGCCGGUACCUCCUUUCGGCUGCUUGUGGUCUACAGCAAACGGCUUCCAUCGAGUUCUUGCCGUGGUGAACGAAGAAGGGGUGGUCAAGCUCUACGAAACGGAGAGCCGCAACAGGGAGAACCCAACCUUGCGAGAGUGGUCGGCCCACAACAAUGCAGUGUUCGAUGUCGCUUGGGUUCCCGGAGAGCCGAAACUUGUCACAGCAUCGGGUGAUCAGACGGCAAAACUCUGGGAUGUGACCGGGAGUGAACUCCUUGGUACCUUUAAGGGACACCAAUGCAGCCUCAAGUCUGUGUCGUUUGGGGAUUGGGAGAAAGCUGUGUUCUGCACUGGUGGGAGAGAUGGCAACAUAAUGGUUUGGGAUACUCGCUGCAAUAAGAAAGAUGGCUUUUAUAGACAGGUGAAGCAGAUAACCGGGGCUCACAAUGCUCUGGCCAAGCAAACGUCUCCGAAGCAGAAGAAGAAACGACAAACUGCCCGGGGUCUUGCUCCUUCAGUGGAUUUCCAGCAGAGUGUGACUGUCGUGCUUUUUCAAGAUGAGAACACUCUGAUCUCCGCCGGGGCUGUGGAUGGUGUUAUCAAGGUCUGGGACCUGAGAAAGCAUUACAGCGUUCAUCACCAGGAGCCAAUGCCAGUCCGGUCCUUCUCUUACCCGGGAAGCAGCACGCGGAAGUUAGGGUACUCCAACCUCAUCCUGGACUCGACGGGCUCCAACCUUUUUGCCAACUGCACGGACGAUAACAUUUACAUGUUCAAUCUGACUGGACUGCGAAAUGCUCCAGUGGCGACAUUCAGUGGUCAUCAGAACUCCACCUUCUAUGUCAAGUCCAGUCUUAGUCCAGAUGGUCAGUUCCUCCUCAGCGGCUCCAGUGACAAUAACGCCUACAUCUGGAAGGUCAGCAAUCCGCGCCAACCUCCGACGGUGCUCCAGGGGCACUCACAAGAGGUGACCUCCGUGACCUGGUGUCCUUCCGACUUCACAAAGAUCGCCACUUGCUCCGAUGAUAACACUGUUCGAAUCUGGCGUCUCGAUCGAGGGACGGACGGUUUGGAAGUGGCCUCGCGCGGCUGGGAUCUGGUGGGCUCUGCAAGUCGAAAGAAGCAGCUGGAGAAAGAAGCUGCGGAGGGACCCGUUCACCGAACCCCUCCCAGGGCACCCAAGACGCCGUCCCCCUCCCUGUCGUCCCCCAGGCCGGCGGCGUGCGUCCCCAGCCACGGCGGAGAUCUGCCCCUGGCGUCCAACACUUCAGCCUCCGCCUCUCCGGCUCGCUUCGCCGGGGAUUGCGUGUCCCCUCGCUCCGGCCCGGCCUUCUCGCAGCCCGCCCCGUCCAUCAAGACGUGGGUGAUUCAGAGACCCCGGGCCCGCAGCCCUCCCCCCGGGCCACUUGGUCCCCACUCCGCCAGGACGGUGCUGGGCCCGGUUGGGCAGAGCCGGGCGAGGAGUGGCGCGGCCGACCCCAUCCCCGACAGGAAGGCUAAGAGGAGGCUGGAGGCCGGCGGGGGGGACUCGGCUGCGGAUCGCGGAGCGGGAGAAGCUGGGCCCGUUCUCAAGCGGUCCAAGCCGGAGGCUCGUGGGAGGAGCUCUCACUCCGAGGGCGAGGGGGAGGCGGGGUCGAGGCGUCCCGUGCCCUCCGGCGACGGAGGCUGCUCCCCUUCCACUGACCCAGGUCCGGGAUCCCCCCUCCUGUCCUCCUCCGCCACCAAGCUCCAGCAGCACAAGCCCGGGCCCGAGUCGCCGGACAAAGAGAACAGCUGGCCCCACAAGUCCAACUGGCUGGCGGCCCUGGGGGAGAAGCAGAGGGUGGACGUGGGCAACCGGGCCGGGAGGUUGUCCAGCAGCCCCCCCGCCUCGCAGAGCCCGCCCGGGAGGAGACAGGAGGAGAGGAGUGCCGGGGGCUCACCGCCGUCGAUGCGCAAGAUCUCCUCGUACUUUCAGAGGAAGUUGAACGACGAGCGAGCGGCGUAACUGACGUCAACGCAGAGAUCGUUCUCCCACGUCGCCGCUGUGAGCCCUUUGCUCUGUUGUGUGCCCGCAUUCGUUGCUGCACAGAAAUCAAGCGGGUCUUGUCUUCGCUGUCGGUCUCUGAUGAUGACGUUGGCUCCAGUGAAACCUGAUGAACUGGUUUUUUUUUCUUUUUUUAAAAAAAAUAGGGCUCAUUUUGAACUUCUUUAAAAUAUUAUUCAAUGCUUCCUUCGUCCUCCGCACCUGCCUCUGAGCCUCCUAUUCCAAUUUCAGCCGACUGUUCAAAAGCUGGGCCUGAGCUGUGCUGGUUGAUCCAAGUACGAGGUGGGGGAGGAAGCCAAGGAGGAGGCAAAGCCUUUCUGCGCAUCGAAAAAUAUUACACAAGAACAACUACUCGAAACCGACUGCUAGAGCAAUGGGAGUGAAGGAGGAACGAGUCCUGAGGAUGAAAUGUUUAUGAUGCAGUAACCAAAGGCUUUGAGUGCUCAAGCCCCAGUUCUUUUCGACGUACAGCAGUUUGCUUCUGAACGUCUGAACAUAAAGAAGAUCCUACAUUGAAACCUCAGACCACAUCCAUGUAUAAACUGUAAAUAGACGCUCCACUAAUGGACUUUUAAGCUGCUUUCGUCUGUCGUAGUAUAAAAAAGUUCGACUUUUUAACCACGCGUUGAACCAGUCAGCUUUGUUUUUUUUCCGUCUCCAAAUUUCCGCAGCUUAGGACUAAUUUAUUUCGCAUCUCAACUUGAACUUCGAAGAAAAAAAAAACACACACACACAAACUUAAAAAGACUCCCUGUCGUCACAGGGACGGGUGCGAAGAUCCAAUUUCCUGUUUACAUAACUGGGGUUUAAUUUGCGGUAUUUCUCAACUGGAUUUCUUAAUGAGGAAUCCGUGAUGCAAAUGGAACUCCUGGUAAGCGAGGCGCGUCCCCUGCCAUCUACUUCCCGAAACAACACGAUUCCCGCGGGUCGACGGAAAUUGAACGGGAUUCCUCAGUAGGAACCACUGCAGAUUAAACCCCGAGAAUUCAUUCCAGAAUGACUGAUUGGCCACGGCAGGGGGUUGGUAAACGUAGAUCAGGUUCCAGUCGCCCUAAUGAUUCCAGCAGUCGCCGAAUUAACACGAGAGCAAAGCCACCGAAUUAUUGUAGCUGUCGCUUGUUAUUGUCUCGACAUAAAGUGAAUGUUGUGGUAACUCGCUCAGCUGUCAGGAUGUUCGGGUACAUUAAUGGCGUUAUGUAAUUUGGAUUCGGCGAAGAAGUGGGACUGAGCCAGGCAUCGGGAUCAGAUCGCAGGGGCCUUUCUCUGUUCGGAGUGAGAUUUGCCAUCUCGUUGUGACCUCUGAGAUAAUUGGGGAGGUGGGGGUGGGUGGUGGGCGAGAGGGUGUUUGGCUGGAAAGAGUGCAGUCUUCGUCCUCUUCGCUAGGACAAACCUUGACGUGCGAACAUUUAGUUGCACGGGUUACACUACGCAAUAAUGCUUCCUUCAUUUUUAAAAAUAUCCCCCCCGCCCG